UUUAGAUUUUUUCCGGGACAGUGGAGCGCCUGUUCAACGACGUGUGGCCCCGGAGUAGCGACAAGAACUGUCGAAUGUGUAGCUGUACAAGGAAUUACCUCAAAUGUUAUCAAACUGCCAGACUAUGAAUGCGAAGGUUCACCCAAGCCAAGCGCAUUCCAACCCUGCCAAGUACAGCAGUGCCCACUCAACGAACCGGCAGAGGAUCCACCAGUGCGUGGACGCUCACUGACAUCGCCAAGAGCAUUCAAAUGGGAUUAUGGAGAUUGGACUACUUGCUCCGCUUCCUGCCUUGGAGGAAAGCAACGCUCGACUCUUAAAUGUGUUGACGUGAAAAGGCGUAUCACUGUUGCUUGGUCAUUCUGUGAUGCCAGACAGCGUCCAGUGGACUUGACACGAUCCUGUAACAACGAUCCAUGCCCACCGGAAUGGGAUAUUGGCGAAAUGUCACUGUGCUCACAUACAUGCGGAGGUGGAAUACGCACUCGGAAGGUACGCUGUAUUCGCCGAAUAUCACGAAGCGGUGGUGCCGAAUCAACGCUAAUCCUACCGGAUGGACAGUGUCCACAGCCCAAACCGACAAAUAACGAAGCUUGUGGUUUAGUGGAUUGUCCAAUCACAUGGAAGGUUUCUUGUUUAUUUGACAAUAAAUUCCUCUUUUUUGAAUAA